AAGUUACCAGCCAAUCACGUGAGAUCAGUGAGUUCUUAAAGCUCCCAGACUGAACUCUGCGCUGGAGCUGAAACAGAGCCGUGAUCUGCAGGCGUUUAUGUUUGUGCAUCCUGAAGCUUGAGACAGUGAAGAAGAUGGGAGUUCCUGUGAAAUUUCUCUGCAUCUUUGUACUGCUGCUGCACAAGAGCUUUCAACAACAAGCGUUCAAUGAUAAGAAAGAACUCAAGCUCAGUGCUAAAUAUAACAUCGGCUGGAUGAGAUCUCUGGAUGAUAAUAAGUUAAUUCUUGAAGUCACUAUUCCUGGCACUCAUGACACCAUGGCUCUUCAUGGACCAGCAGCAGAAUGUCAGUCGUGGUCACUGGAGAACCAGCUGCUUGCCGGCAUACGCUACCUGGACUUAAGAGUGUCUGGAAAUAACCUGAAAGUUGUGCAUGGUGGUGAUUCACAACAUACAACGUUCGCUAAUGUUCUCAAUAUAGUUAAGGGGUUUUUGUCUCAACAUAAAUCAGAGGCAGUGUUGCUAAGAGUCAAGCACGAGUCAAAGGGCCCAUUUCCAGAUGAUGUUGCAAAUAAGCUUAAAAAUGAUCCUGGUUGUUGGGUUAGAAAUGAAAUACCACGAAUUCGAGAAGUGAGAGGAAAGAUUGUUUUUGUUCAGAAAAACAACUUUAAACUGGGAAUCCCUCAGUAUGAAACUGAUAAAAAGGGUGACUAUAAAGUAGGUAAUGUUGGAAGCAAGAAGGAUAAAAUUAUUGAGCAUCUGAAUCAGGCUUUAGAAGCUUGUAAAGUUAAUGUGAUUGUGCUAAACUAUUCAAGCGGCACAGGCUGGCCUGUAUUUAGACCAGACAAAACCCCAAAGAAUGUGGCAAAUGAAAUCAACCCUUGGUUAUACAAUAAUCUUGAAGGCGCAUCUAAAAUGAAGAUGAAGCUUUGUUUUGGGGUCAUAGCAAUGGACUUUCCAGGCUUUGAUUUGAUUCAAGUGAUCAUUGGUUUUAACAGAUUUUAAUGGAUGUUUAGCUUAGAGCCCUGCAUUUGAGCCUGAGCCUGCUUUAGAAAAAAA